UUGAUCUGUGGAUUUAUUAUUGGAAUUUUCGCGUGUUUUGUCGGUAUCGUCGGUUUUUCAUCGUCUUAAAUAAAUUUUUCUAAUUUUUAUACAUAAUUCGCGAAAAAUAUGAGCGGUGACGGUAACAAAACGGACCAGUUUGAUACCCUGUUCCUCAGUAUUGCACAACACCAUCCAGAAGGGGCCCAUCAGCUUUUAGACACAUUUGUUGGAUUUCUCGGUCGAAAAACUGAUUUCUUCACCGGGGGAAAUGAAGGGGAUUGGGAAAAACUUGUCAUGAAUACAUUUAAAAAACACGAAAAGAUCAGCCGUUCUCGGCACGACGCUGAAGUAAAGGAGCGUAAAGAUAGAGAAGCCGCUAAAAAAGCUAAAAAGGCUGAAGCGGAAGCUGUAAAACCAGCAGAAAUUACUGAAUUGACAGAUGAAGAAGCUGACCGUCUUCAGAAAGAGAUUGAUAAGAAAAAGGGAAUUGAUGCUGUCCCUUCUGUGAUAAACAACGAAGAAUCUAAUCCUUCCACGUCUGCAAGUUCUGCAGAGAAAAUUGAAGAGGACGAAGAUGAGUCCGAGAAGGGAAAAUUAAAACCUAAUAAAGGAAAUGGGUGUGAUUUGGAGAGGUAUAAAUGGACACAGACUCUGCAGGAUAUUGAGCUCCGAGUGCCCCUAGAAAUCAACUUUAGAGCGAAACAAAAAGAUCUGGUAGUCAAUCUUGCCAAGAAACACUUGACGUGCGGCGUCAAGGGUCAGCCACCAAUCAUAGACGACGACUUACAACACGAGAUCAAGCUGGAAGAGUCCACGUGGGUCAUCGAGGAUGGAAAGGUUUUAUUAUUUAAUUUAGAAAAGGUAAACAAAAUGAAUUGGUGGGGAAAACUGGUACAGUCCGAUCCAGAAAUUAGCACGAAGAAAAUCAAUCCUGAACCUUCGAAACUGAGCGAUUUGGAUGGUGAAACCCGGGGUAUGGUAGAGAAAAUGAUGUACGAUCAGCGACAGAAAGAGAUGGGACUACCCACUAGCGAUGAGCAAAAGAAACAAGAUGUACUUAAGAAGUUUAUGGAACAACACCCAGAAAUGGAUUUCUCAAAAUGCAAGUUUAAUUAAUUAGUUUUUACUUUUAUUUACACUGUGUAUUAUUUCUGAUGCCUACCAUAAUAAGUUUUUUUAAUUGAUAUUUGUUUGCAAGAACGCAUACAAGUUAUUUCUAUUUAUUUCGUAUAUCUCAACAGGAUAAGUUGUUUUCUUUACGUACAUUGAAAAAAAAAA